CACUCAAGCAAGACGAUGUCAGUCACCACUUGUGGAAACGAGAAGAUAUGGGAGGACGAACAUAUGUGUGCGCACACGUGGAGAUGGCUACAGACGAUACUAAUGAUGAUGGACAUUUUCAUUGCUUUUAUUGCGCUGAUUUUUGUCGCGGAUUUCAAUGGUAACACUCAUCGGACAAGCAGGGGCUUGGGUUGGGUCAAGGAUAAGACAGUACAGUAACCUAAAGGGGUCAGGGAUACAGGACAAAUCGGCGAAGGAACACAUAUCAUUCUUCCUCUGUUAUUGUUGUUUGUUUGCAGUUUCUUUUUCUUCUCUUCUUCUUCUUCUUCUUCACCAUUCUUGUCCGUCGCCAGAUCUAUGGAGCGAACAUUUUCCACAAAAAACUUUCUUGCUGGCCAUGUCUUCUCUCAUUUCGUUUCUUACUGUGUUUAUCUUCUUUUUUCCCUUUCCUUGUAGGGAUAUCAAAAAGGGGGUUGGUCUAAAGGCGGAAAAUGGGAAAAACAUGGAAGGCAAAGACAAAGGGCAAGGAUCAAGGGUCACUACUGGUUCAUUGGCAUAUGAAAUAUCGCGUGGCAUUUGCAAAGGAUACCCGGUUCAUUUUUUUUUUCUCUUUCUUUCUUCUUUUUGCUUUCUUUGUUUUUACUACCUCUAGUCUUCCAUUAUUUGGCUUGAUUACUACCGUACUUCUUUUUUGUUUGCCAAAGAAAA